CUUCUUCCUCUGUUCUUGUCUGUGCUAUGAAACUACUGUAACAUUAAAUUUUCGUCUAAUGGCACCAACCGCUAUUAUCCUACUUCUCAUAUCAUCCGUCCUCUUCCUUCCCUCAAAUUCUCUUAAUCUCCAGUCCUUAGCGACAGAAGACUCUGAGUCCUUCACAUCAAUCUUAAUAUCCGAGCAAGGCCUUGAUUUCGUCAAGGACUUGCUUAUCCACAAAGCAAUAUCUUCAGCGCUCCCUCUAAAGCUACCAAAGAUCGAGAAGACCAUUAAGAUCCCAUUUUUAGGCAAUAUUUUCAUGGAAGUAUCAAAUAUUACAAUAUACCAGAUUGAUGUUUUGUCGUCCUUUGUUAAGCCCGGUGAUACUGGCGUCGCCAUUGUUACCUCGGGAACUACCUGCAAUUUGAGCAUGAAAUGGCAUUAUUCUUACAAUACUUGGGUUGUGCCCGUUGUGAUUUCUGAUAAAGGCCGAGCUUCUGUUCAGGUUGAAGGCAUGGAAGUGGGCUUAACAUUAGGCUUGGAGAACCAGGAAGGAACUCUGAAGCUAUCCCUUUUCGAUUGUGGUUGUUAUGUCAAAAAUAUAUCCAUAAAAUUGGAUGGAGGGGCAUCCUGGCUUUAUCAAGGGAUGAUUGAUGCAUUUGAAGGGCAAAUAGCAUCUGCUGUAGAAAGUACUCUCACCAAGAAACUUGGAGAAGGGAUCUUACAGCUUGAUUCAUUUCUCCAGGGUCUUCCAAAAGAAAUUCUUGUGGAUGAUAUUGCUGCUUUGAAUGUAACCUUUGUUGGUGAACCCUCAUUGAGUAAUGCUUCCAUUGGUUUUGACAUCAAUGGAUUAUUCAUAUCAAGGAAAAAGGCCUCUGUUGGGAAGUACUAUCAUAAGAGUUCAGAAUCUUCUCUUUUCUGCACAGAUCAGUCUAAAAUGGUUGAGAUUUCAUUAGAAGAAGCUGUCUUUAACUCUGCAUCAGCCUUAUACUAUAAUGCUGAAUUUAUGCAGUGGAUUGUGGAUAAAGUACCAGAUCAGUCUCUCUUAAACACUGCAAGAUGGAGAUUUAUUAUUCCUCAAUUAUAUAAGAAAUACCCGAAUGAUAAUAUGAAUUUGAAUGUCUCAUUGUCUUCACCUCCUGUCAUAAGGAUUUUGGAUCAUAAUAUAGAUGCUACAAUUCAUGCAGACUUGGUAAUUGAUGUUCUGGAAGCAGACCAAGUAAUUCCAGUUGCAUGCAUCUCAUUGGUAAUGCAGGGCUCAGGUUCAGUUAAAAUCAUAGGUAACAAUCUUGGUGGCAGCGUUAAGUUAAAUGACUUUGCAAUGUCACUGAAAUGGAGCAAAGUUGGUAGUCUGCACAUGUAUCUGAUCCAGCCAAUUGUGUGGACGAUCAUCCAAACUGUUUUCUUACCUUAUGCAAACGCACACCUCGAGAAAGGCUUUCCUUUGCCCAUCAUUGAUGGUUUCACUCUUCAAAAUGCUGAAAUCAUCUCUUCAUCUUCGAGAAUUACAGUCUGCAGUGAUGUGACAUAUGCAGAGUCUUACAAAUAUGGCAGCUUCUGAUCCAGUUGGGGUAAAUUUAUCAAGACAUUGCCCAAAUGUCCGACUGAAUGUUUACUGAGAAAGAAAAGACAGAAGCAUAUUUCUCCCAGUGAAUGCAGUGUUUUUUCAAUGGUGGACUGGAUCAAGGGCAACUCUUUGUGCAAUCUCUCAAUGCAUAGGGUUCAGAUAUAACCCUUUCAAGCACGGGAUGUAGGGACGUACAGAAUAUAGACUGUAAUAUAAUCAUUUGUACAACAAAAAUUACACUGUAACUCCUUGAACGUUCAGAAAUUUGUCUUUCUUCAAGUUGAUUGUA